GAGAGAGUUGACAUUAAAUAACAUAAAAGUAAAAACAAGAUAAAAAUAUAAACAUAAAACUAACGUUUCGACCCCGUUCGGGUUAUUUUUAAAGUUAUAAACUAAUAUGUAUAUACAAAAAACGGUUAACUAAAAUAGACCAACAAAGAUAACUAAUUAUAGAGGUACAAUGACAAAAAUGAUUAAAAGUAGACUUUAGUAGACUUUUAAUUGUUUAGGCUGAUUUCAAUUAUAUAGUCGACGGAAAGUAGAUCCUGAAUUUACGUCAAAUAUUUAAAAAAUAUCACUGAGUAUCAAAUAAAUAUAAGGUAAACGUACGGAAUAACGCCACUGAUCCGAAUAGCGCCAUCUUAACCUAUUUUAUACACGCAGUAAAAUACAACGUAGUGAAAGUGUUUAUAAAUUUUUAGAAAGAGAUUGUGAAAAUGUGCGAAAUGAUUCCGCCAAAACAAAGGGCUAACCAUUCAAAAUCAGCAAAAACUGUUACAUACUCUUUGGAGUCACUAAUACAAACUGUUAACGAUGUCAAAAAUAGAUUAGGAAUUCAAACAGCGUCUAAAAAAUAUGGCAUCCCAAGAAGAAUUAUUCAAUUAUUUCCUAGAUUUCUAUUGUGUUUUCUAGAGAAAAUGAAACAAUUCCGGUUGGAAUCUAUUCCGAUUUGUUCCAUGAUAGAUGUCUUGAUAAGGCGUCAUUCGGUACAUAUUAGUGGCAUAAAUCGGGACAUCACACAAUUUUAG